CCACCAGUAUGGUGCCCCCUCCCCAUGUGUAUUGUAUCACCCAAGUGCUCCUAAGUGACGUGGAAUGAAUUUCAUAGGAUUUACCGAGUCUUUACCAACUUUUUCAGCAUUUAGUGCCAGAUCAUCGAUCGUACGAUGAUUUCUCUCUACACUCUAAUCAUCAGUCUCGUUGCACUUGCAUUAUUUAUCAGCGUUGCGUUUUGCAUAAUCCUGUACGUAAUUACUUCCCCAUAUCCCAAGAUUUGGAGGGAUGAGAGGGAGAAAUAUUUUAUUGAUGGCAAGACUGGAAGAAAAGCUACAUUCCCAUCGAUUGACGAUGAAUUCACCGUCAAACUUAGUGUUGUGGUUCCAGCAUAUAAUGAGGAAGAAAGACUGAUUCCAAUGUUGGAUGAGUGCCUCGAGUAUCUCGAAAACAGAAAAAAAUCAGGACUUACUUACGAAGUGAUUAUCGUCAGUGAUGGAAGUACAGACAAAACUGUAGAAGUAGCUCAGAGAUAUGCAGAAAAAUACGAAACUGUCAGAGUUCUGGACCUGGUGAAGAAUCGAGGGAAGGGUGGAGCUGUGAGAUUAGGAAUGCAGAGUGCUAGAGGAUGUUUAUUAUUGUUUGCUGAUGCUGAUGGUGCUACGAAAUUCGGGGAUCUUGAAAAGUUAGAGGAGAGCCUGAACGAUGUACUAAAAUUUGACUACUCAGAGAAGCCCCAUGAAGCUUCUCUGUCCAACGCAGUCAUCUGCGGCUCACGAGCCCACCUGGAAGAGGAAGCAACAGCCACAAGAUCAAUCUUUCGACUGAUUCUCAUGCAUGGCUUCCACUUCCUCGUAUGGGCCCUUUGCGUACGAGGCAUUCGAGAUACUCAGUGUGGAUUCAAGCUUCUCACACGUGAAUCCGCUAGGACUUUAUUCCGAGCCCUCCACGUGGAGCGGUGGGCUUUCGACGUGGAGAUGCUCUACCUCGCUCAAACACUGGACAUUCCUGUUAGAGAGAUUUGUGUGAAUUGGACGGAGAUUGAGGGAUCCAAAGUCGUUCCUUUCUGGAGUUGGUUGCAGAUGGGUCGAGACCUGGGACUCAUCUGGCUGAGAUACACUAUUGGGGCUUGGAAAAUCGAUAGGCCUAAGAGAUCUUAAGGAAUUCGCCAGAUAUAAAAUUUAAUCAUUUAUCAGCUCUCGUUUAUUAUAUUUUUGAGUAUAAAAAAAAUUUUUGAAGUUGUGAUUGUAACUAUCUCUCGUCAUCAAUGAAAAUUCAAUUAAUCUA